AUGGCGUCGAAGCCUCCAGAGCUGCCCAAAGAUACCCUCCCCAGUUGGCUAUGGUUGGAGUAUUGAGGACGGUAAACUGAUAGUUAACUGGAUAAGUGUUGUAAUUGUUGUUAUGCCAGUGUAAGAGGCGUUGUGAGCUGCCAAACUGUACUUGUCUCUCAAAGGGAUCAGUGUUUGGAUUCGUGUAGAUUACAAGACUGUGACUAUUUUUUAAUCGGCGUAAGAACCCAAUACUGGCUACCACAGAGACUGACGAUGAGGACGAUGAUUAGAUAA